CUUCCCACCUUCCGGUCAACACACAAACACCUAAUUGACCCUGCUGAAAUGUCAAUAUUUUAAAGUACGAACGGUCACCGGAGUGAGCAAGCUCCGUCCGAUCGCCGCCGGCGCUCCGAGCAACUACCCUGAAGCCCAUACCCCUCUCCGGCCUCCCUCUGCGUGAAGGGGAAGUUGUUUGUCUUCAUCGAUCGUCGUCGCUUGCUGCAGAGUAUGGAGCGCGGCCGGCGGUGGUUGGGAUUGAUUGCUGUCUCGUGUUUGUUAGCUAUUUCUGGGGCCAGAGAACUUCAAGUCAAGCAUGUCACUCAUAAAGCCAAAUACAAUCACACGCUUGCCACUAUACUGGUGGAAUAUGCAUCUGCUGUUUACGAACCAGAUUUGAUGGCUCUCCUUACAUGGACAUGCGAUAGAUGUAACGACUUGACCAAGGGGUUUGAAGUCAUACAGCUGGUUGUUGAUGUGCAGCAUUGUUUACAGGCAUUUGUUGGGGUAGCUGCAGAUUUGAAUGCUAUUGUUAUUGCUUUUAGAGGCACCCAGGAACAUAGUAUACAAAAUUGGAUUGAGGACCUUUACUGGAAGCAGCUUGAUAUAAAUUACCCCGGCAUGCCCGGUGCUAUGGUGCACCAUGGGUUCUAUUUUGCUUAUUAUAACACAACAAUUCGUCCUGGAAUUCUAAGUGCAGUUAAGAGAGCGAAGAAGUUGUAUGGGGAUAUCGACAUCAUGGUAACAGGGCAUUCAAUGGGAGGGGCUAUGGCAUCCUUUUGUGCCCUUGAUCUUGCAGUCCAUCAUGCAGCCCAUAACAUUCAGCUUAUGACAUUUGGGCAACCUCGUAUUGGUAAUGCUGCUUUUGCAUCUUGCUAUAGUAAGCACGUCCCAAAUGCUAUUCGCGUUACCAAUGGACAUGACAUCGUGCCUCAUUUGCCACCUUACUAUCCUUAUUUUCCACAGAAAACAUACCACCACUUUCCCAGAGAGGUUUGGCUUUAUAAUGUUGACCUGGGAAGUUUGGUCUACACAGUCGAGAAAGUUUGUGAUGGUUCUGGGGAGGAUCCAUCCUGCAGCAGAUCGGUGUCAGGAAGGAGCAUACUGGACCAUUUAGCUUACUAUGGAGUCGAACUGAUGGCUGCGACAUGGAACUCGUGCAAAAUUGUGAAUGACCCUCGUCUAGGGAACUACAGCACAGCAGAUCUCUCAGGAAAUCUGAUUUUAUCUAGGAAUCCCGGGACUGCUAUCAUCAAAUCACAUGGGGCUGCAGAUGCCGGAAGAAACUCUGCUUAGGAUAUCGGGGAGGUACUUAACAGCAAGUGAUGACCUUUUACUUCUAAAUGAUAGGCUUUGGGUCUAGAGAGGUGUACAUAGAGCAUUGAAAUGGUAUAUAGCGUCUCUAGGUUUAAUAUAUUGAGAGAAUUCAUUCAUGUUUAACUCCUCGUUCAGUUCGCAUUUUUUUGUAAAUUAAAAGGUUACUGAUUAAUCUUUUCUUGUUGGGACUCAUCCGUGAACUUGUAUUUUCGGGUUCUUUAAGCGGGAAACUGAGUUACAUUA